AUGAAGGUCACCAACCCAAUUAUCCCGGGAUUCGCUCCCGAUCCAACUUUAGUCGUCCACAAUGGCACUUACAUUCUCGUCAACUCUUCGUUCCACGUAUUCCCUGGGUUGCCCAUCUACACUUCGACAAACCUCGUGAAUUGGGAGCUGAAGGGCCAUGCCUUAAGCCGACCCACGCAGCUGUCUCUUUCCAACGCCUUUACAAAAUUCAUCCCUCUGCCUCAUGGCAUCCCACUCAUAAUCACCGGCGGUCUGUUUGCACCAACGCUUCGUCAUUUCAAAAACAAGUUCUAUGUUGUGUGUACAUAUGCCUGGGAGAAUGCCGAUGGGGCACACGAGUUCCAGAAUUUCAUACUUAGCUGUCACGAAGACUUGAUAUUUUCAGAGGACGGCUGGUCAGAUGCGGUGCCAUUCGAGUUCCCGGGUAUUGAUCCAGGAUUGUUCUUCGAUGAGAUAUCCGGAAAGGCAUAUCUUCACGGAUCUUACCGAACUGGGCCUCCAUGGGCACCAGAUUGCUCGAUUCGUCAGUUCGAAAUCGACGUCGAGACCGGUACAUCUUUAUCAGAGACGAAAUUCCUCUGGAAGGGGGCCGCCGGAAAAGACGAUGCUGAGGGGCCACAUAUUUACUCCAAAGAUGGCUGGUACUAUCUGUUGACCGCCGAAUCGUCGACCUUUGAGGGUCACCAGAUCAAUAUGGCGAGGUCCAAAGACAUCUGGGGGCCUUAUGAGGGCUGUCCGAACAACCCUUUGUUGACUGCAUUCGAGAAGGACGAAGCUGUUCGCUGGACUGGCCAUGGUGAUCUGUUUCAAGAUGCUAGGGGAAACUGGUUCUGCGUCCACCUCGGAAUUCGACACGACAAUGACAAAAUUCAACGUCAUCCACUAGGCCGCGAAACUUUUCUCACCUCAGUGGACUGGCCCGAGGAUGCAUGGCCCAGGAUUUCUCAGACAAAGCUGAGCCUAGAUCUCGACCUAGAGGAUGGACCGAACGCAGGACAGCACGAUGUGUUCCAGGGUUUCAAUCAGCAAGUUGAGGAUCUCUACAUUCGCACUCCCAUUCCUCAAAACUACUCAUAUUCUGCCAAGGACAAUACCUAUCAUUUGUGCGCCCAGACAUCAACCCUAGCUAGCCCAUCUGGCACAUCCACAUUCGUUGGCCGCAGGCAAAGAUCUCACUCAGGGUCAGCUUCAACAACGAUACACCUGUCUUCCAAAGGGCCGGAAGGACUACCACUGGUCGGUCUAGCAGUAUACAAGGAUAGUCUGAGGCAUGCAGUCAUCCAGAUCGAUCCGCAAGAGCGCAAGGUAUCUUCCAUCUUGGUGGCAAUCAAGGACCAGAAGCCCGAGUCGAUCGAUUUAGGCUCGGCUGCUUUACCCAAGUCGGCCGAGGCAGUUGAACUCCGCAUUGAGACUGAACCCGAUAAAUAUGAGUUCCUCUGGAGAGUCAAGAGUUCCGAGAAAGGAACCGGGUGGCAAAGUCUCGGAAAAGUUGACCCCGUCCUGCUUUCGGGCUACGACAUGACGGGCACUUUGUAUGGCAUCUUCGCAACUUCGGACAGCACACCGGGCUCUACAAGAGAUCAAUGGGCGCAAUUUGAGGGUUUCGUGAUUGAAUAG